CUGUAGUUUCCUAUCUUUCCAUUCACUAUCCGCAGACAGGUGAUCGAUAGUGUCGGCAACAACAACUGUUAUUUGCAGUUACAUCUACUGAUGAAUAAGUGACAUUUCAAAAUGGAUCCAGAUGACUCUGAUUGGGAUUUCUACUGUUCUUAUGAGUCAGGGGAUGAUUCUCUGGAUUCUGAUUCCGAAAAGCAAAGUCUUACUGAUUCUCCAACACAAUGUCCUGCUUCUGAUGCUCCAACACAAAAUCCUACUGAUGUUCCAACACAACAUCUUACUGAUGUUCCAACACAACAUCCUACUGAUGUUCCAACACAAGAUCCUGCUGAUGCUCCGAUACAAGGUCUUACUGAUGUUCCAACACAACAUCCUACUGAUGUUCCAACACAAGAUCCUGCUGAUGCUCCAGUACAAGGUCUUGCUGAUGUUCCAACACAAGGUCCUGCUGAUGUUCCAAUACAAAGUCCUGCUGAUGUUCCAAUACAAAGUCCUGCUGAUGCUCUGACACAAAGUCCUCCUCUUGCUCCAACACAAGGUCCUACUGAUGCUCCAAUACAAGGUCCUACUGAUGCUCCAAUACAAGGUCCUACUGAUGCUCCAAUACAAGGUCCUACUGAUGCUCCAAUACAAGGUCCUACUGAUGCUCCGAUACAAGGUCCUACUGAUGCUCCAAUACAAGAUCCUACUGAUGUUCCAACACAACAUCUUACUGAUGUUCCAACACAAGGUCCUGCUGAUGCUCCAAUACAGGGUCCUACUGAUGUUCCAAUACAAAGUCCUGCUGAUGCUCUGACACAAAGUCCUCCUCUUGCUCCAACACAAGGUCCUACUGAUGCUCCAAUACAAGCUCCUACUGAUGCUCCAAUACAAGGUCCUACUGAUGCUCCAAUACAAGGUCCUACUGAUGCUCCAAUACAAGCUCCUACUGAUGCUCCAAUACAAGGUCCUACUGAUGCUCCAAUACAAGGUCCUACUGAUGCUCCAAUACAAGGUCCUACUGAUGCUCCAAUACAAGGUCCUGCUGAUGCUCCAACACAAAGUCCUCCUCCUGCUACAACACAAGGUCCUGCUGAUGCUCCGACACAAAGUCCUUCUUUUGCUCCAACACAAGGUCCUCCUCUUGCUCCAACACAAGGUCCUACUGAUGUUCCAAUACAAGGUCCUGCUGAUGCUCUGACACAAAGUCCUCCUCUUGCUCUAACACAAGGUGCUACUGAUGCUCCGACAGAAAGUCCUCCUCUUGCUCCAACACAAAGUCCUGCUGAUGCUCCAAGUUCUCGGGAUGUCACACAAGCUCCUAUUCCUCCGCCACAAAUUUCAAGGCUAACUGAAGAGACGUUGCCGCUCCAUGGAAGUGCUCAAGAUGAUUUUCCUUCAAGGAUUGGCUCUUCUCUUCAGAGUGUAGAUGGAAGCCAUGAAACUGGCAAUUUAAAUGCACAACUAUGUGCAACAGCUGCACUGUUCAACUCCACAGGCAGAAAUCCAACAGUCAAUUUGUGCAAACUAGACAACAACUCUGGAGUUACUAUCAAGUCAGUUCAAAAUGUAUUGGAUACGCAACUUAGAAAUAUCAUUGAUCAGAGUAAACUCUGCCUGAGAGAUUUGAAAGCGAUACCGUUUGUGAAGACACACUUCAUCACACAAUCUGAAAAAUUUCUUCACUCAAGAGGUGUGGUUGUUCUCACUGGCAGGUCAGGUGAUGGAAAGACGUCUGCUGGUUUGCGCUUACUAAAGAGUUUCUCAGAACUGGAGUCCCGUCAUCCUGUAAUACUGACCGACCCCGGUCAGUGGGACUAUAUUCCAGUGAAAUUUAAUGAAAGGAAAGUCCAACAAAAGUUUGUUGUUUUGAUAGAUGAUGCCUUUGGAAAAACUAAUCUGGUUCAGGAUCUGGUGGACAGAUGGGACAAGAAAUUCCCUAUGAUGAUGUCUGGAAUAGAGAAUGGAAUUGUCAAACUGAUGAUAACAAGCCGUUCAAAUAUAUUGUCAGCAUGUGUUGGUAAAAGUAUUUUUCUUAAGAAGUGUGCAAAUGUUGAUUUCUCAGUCAUUGAGGAAAACCAAGCACCAGAAAGAUUAGCUAUUCUUGAAGGUCAUUUGAAACUGUUUGGAACUGACACCUGCAUUGACAUUAUUGAGAAACAAAGGAUUGUCCAAAGCACUGACCUGAUAGGAUUCCCCCAAUGCUGCUCUGUCUUUGCUAAAGAUAAAUCACUCCAUCUCAAGGCUUCAACUCUUUUCUCUAAGCCACUGAAGUGUUUAUCAGAGAAUAUAAGAAGCCUGUCAGAUGCUGAUCCAGUAGGUUAUAUGGUGCUGUUGUUGCUAUUUCUGAAAGGAGGGGAACUACACAGGAGCUUUUUUGAUCCAUUUGACCGAUCAAAAGAAGACCGCGACCUCAUCGAGAGGCUGCUCAGUUUCAGAAAUUGUGACAUUCAUCAGUUAGAGAGUAAAGCCAAGACGAUGUGCCCAAUGUAUCUUACCUUUGUAGAAAACAAAGAAAGCUACAGGUUUGUACAUCAAUCAGUAAUGGAUGUCAUUUCCAUUCAAGUCUGCAAAGAGAACCUCACAACUGGGCUCAAGUUCUGCACCCUUAGUGUUUUACUGGAAUAUGUAAGAACAUCACCAACAUCAGAAUCUGACCAUAUCAUAUUAAUCCCCAGAAAUAGGUUUGAUAUUCUCUCUGAGAGACUCACACAAGAAUUGUUGUCCACAAACCAGGAACUAAUCAUUACACAUCCAGCUUUUCAGGAUCCUGAAUUUUGUGAAUUUCUUACACAUAGUUUCUGGAAAGUUGAAGACAAAAUGAAAAUUGUAAGGUUUCAGAACUGCACCAAAAAAAUCUUCACAAAAGUUUUUUUCAGUAAGCAAACAGUGGAAAGACUUUCAGCUUUGGCUGUUGGUAUUACAGAGGACAUUCCGACUUUACAUAUUGAAGAUAUCUUGGUCCUGAGGUUUACUUCUGUUUUGUGUUAUUUUGCACUCAAUGGCUGCAACCUGAUAGUAAUGGAUCUGAUGGCAGCAGCUGAGAACUGUUUAUCAGAGGUGGCGUUGACGGAAACAAGACAAGAUGUAUUGGCCAGUGCUAUCUAUAGGGGAAAUUCAGAACUGAUUCAAGAAAUGUUAAAGAGAAAGACUUGUAUAUCUGAAGCCUGCAUUAUUGCAGCAUGUGCUUCUGAGACUGCAGACAACACUGCUUUUGAUCACAUCCUGGACACAUUUGAUGCAUCCAUCAUGAACAUUUUCAAGUGGCCACUGGUGGCAUUGCUGUUAGAAAAGAAUAAAAGGGAAACUUUAGAGAAACUGGCCCUCUUAAUGUGUAACGCUGAUAGUGACAAAGCUAGAGAACUGCUUGUGCAGCUGUCCAAAUGCCUCUUACUACUGUUUCAUAAUGUGACACCCCUAUUAUAUUUGAAGACUUUCGGGUGGAUGAAGAAAGAUGCAUUUUUAGAAUUGUUUCCAAUCUUUUGCAGUCUUGGUAUAAGCUGUUCCACAGAUGAAUUGGUACUUUUGGCAGCAGGUUGUAGAGAAACCCAUCCUCUGUCAAUGAUUCAUGGAUAUGGUGGAAACAUUGCAUGUACAACAAGCAGAGGAGACACACCACUGCACCUUGCAGCUCACAUAGGCACAGCAGAGAUGGUGGUAUAUCUGUUACAACUCAAUGUAGACAAAUCACUAAAGAAUUCAGAAGGAUGGCUUCCACUCCACUUUGCUGCUCAGUCAGACAUAAAAACUAAAGAAAAACUUCAUCUCCUCCUUGAACCUGAACAUGUGUCUACUGCCACAGUGUCAGGAAUGACACCUCUUAUGUUGGCCUGUAAGGCGGGGAACAUCUCUUGUGUUGAAUAUUUUGGACAGAAGUAUAAUAGUCAUCAUGGAGAUCACCCAAUACAUGCUACCAUUCUUGGCCUCUGUGAAAUAUGUACAGAGUGCAACCUACAGAAUCAUCUUGGCAAUCCUGUAUUCAUGCAGAAAUGGUUUGACAUCAUUGACAUCCUCCAACAUAUUGGUUAUUCCUUCAGCCACAAAUAUGAAAAUUUAAGUCCCAUUGAACUUAUCAUUUGGUUAGAUCGGGUGGAUAUUCUGGGAUUAUUCUUGGAUAAAUGGCCCUUUCUUCUUGAUGAACUGAAGGAGGGUACAGUCGACACGUUUAAUGUACAAAGGACAUGUGCUGAACAUGAAACUGCUAAGUAUCUCAUAGAGAAAGGUGCGAAUGUUAAUGCAAAAGACAAGAAUGGAGUCACACCACUUCAUGUGGCAGUUCAGCAUGCCAAACAUGAAACUGUUGAGUAUCUCAUAGAGAAAGGUACGAAUGUUAAUGCAAAAGACAAGAAUGGAGUCAAGCCACUUCAUGUAGCAGUUCAGCAUGCCAAACAUGAAACUGUUGAGUAUCUAAUAGAGAAAGGUGCCAUUGGUGAUGCAAAAUAUAUGAAACCAGUCACACCACUUCAUGUAGCAGUUCAGCAUGCCAAACAUGAAACUGUUGAGUAUCUCAUAGAGAAAGGUGCCCGUGUUAAUGCAGAAGAUAGGAAAGGAGUCACACCACUUCAUGUAGCAGUUCAGCAUGCCAAACAUGAAACUGUUGAGUAUCUCGUAGGGAAAGGUGCCAGUGUUAAUGCAAACGAUGUGAAAGGAGUCACUCCGCUUCAUGUAGCAGUUCAGCAUGCCAAACAUGAAACUGUUCAGUAUCUCACAGAGAAUUAUGUGAAUGUUAAUGUCCGUUUAGUUUAUUGUGUCUAACAGACAGCAUGGCUGUAUGCUCCCCAGGGUGUUGAAAAAGUAUCGGAAAGUGUGAUAGUGUCCUAUGACCGUGGAUAGUAAUGUACAUAGCAUCGUGAGCAGGCAAUGUAACUGGAUAUGAGUGCCAUAUAAGCAGACUAAUAAUAUUACUAUUACUAUUAAUGCAGAAGAGUCACACCACUUCUUGUAGCAGUUCAGCUUGCCAAACAUGAAACUGCUGUUUAUCUCGAAGAGAAAUGUGCCAGGGUUAAUGCAAGAGGUAUGAAUGAGACAUGAAACUGUUGAGUAUCUCAUAGGGAAACAAUAAUUAUAAUAAAGCCAAUGUAUUUAUUUA